CAGCCGCCACUCUGACACUUAGAUCAGUCUACAUGCCGGGCGAAUUUUAAUUUUGCCACUAUUUAUUUUUAUUUAAGCAAAAGCAACACCAUGACAGAUGAGCUGUGGUUUAACGAAUUUGCCGCAAAUGAAACUAUUUGGCUAAAUAAUGAUGUUAGUGCUAGCGAUCAUCAGAAUGCUUGGCGUAAACAAAAGUUGUUAUUGGCACAUGCUACAAGCAAUCUAAGUGAAACUGCCCGCUACGAAGUACUCAAGGAACAUCAACAGAUAUUGUCAAAUGCUAACAGUACGGAAGUCUUUAUGAACGACUGUUUAUCUGGAUGCCGAAGCCUGUUGACGGCAAGUCAACGUCGAAGACCCGCUGCUGGACUUCAAGUGGAGUUGCUCCAGCCACCUAAUCAUUUUUUUGAGCCUUUGUGCCGUGGAAAAUAUGAGAGUUGCAAACUUGACGAAAAUAUAGAACUGAGCCGGUCCCCGAAAGGGGCUCCGCCAAAAGGAGUAGCAAUGCCGUUAUCGAGCCUAUCAAGCCUUGUUCCUGCACCAGGGGCAGCAGGCGAUGGAGACUUUCGUACAGCACGUGACCAGCUGCUGUUGCAUGACAUGCAGAAGACAACAAAUCAUGAGACGCUUGCCUCGGCUCUGAUGGACUACAGAAAAAAACCUCUUGGCGAACGUUCACGCAGUUUAAAUGCCAACUUUGUACUACCCCUUAGAACAAGCGACUCGAAUAUUUUAGGUGCUCCUCAAAAGCAAUCCGAGCCAGCGGCAUCUGCUGCAGAUGUGCUGCCUAUUCCGUCCACGUUGGCAGACCUGGAUUCCAACAUGGUUCGGCAAAUAAUGCGUGAGAGUAUGCACAAAUAUAAGUCAGUAGCAUGGGAUGAUAUAGCUGGGCUAGAGUAUGCCAAGUCCACGUUCUUGGAGACCAUCAUACACCCAUUAAAACGCCCAGAUUUGUUCAAGGGCAUUCGUCGACCCCCACGGGGCGUUUUGCUAUUCGGUCCACCCGGCACUGGCAAAACGUUGAUUGCCAAGUGCAUUGCCUCGCAGUCGAAAGCCACUUUCUUUAGCAUAAAUCCCUCCACAUUGACUUCCAAGUGGGUGGGCGAAGGCGAGAAGAUGGUCAAGACUCUCUUUGCGGUAGCUGCUGCGCAUCAACCGGCCAUCAUAUUUAUGGAUGAGGUCGACUCCUUGCUAUCGCAACGCUCGGAUAGCGAGCACGAGAGCUCCAGACGUUUAAAAAACGAGUUUUUUAUACAAUUAGAUGGGGCGGGAUCCAACGAGGAUGACCACAUUGUGGUCAUUGGGGCCACCAAUCGUCCUCAGGAGCUGGAUGAGGCUGUGCGCCGUCGAUUUGUGCGUCGCAUCUACGUUAGGCUGCCCGUAGCGAAGGCACGUCAGAUGAUAAUUCAGAAGCUUAUAAAGGAAAUACACCACAACCUCAGUGACGCACAAAUAGAAGAACUAGCUAAUUUAACCGAAGGUUAUUCGGGCGCCGAUAUGGACAGUUUUUGCCGUUAUGCGGCUAUGCAGCCACUGAGAGCUUUAACAACUGCUCAGAUUGACGUAAUCGAUGCACAGCAGUUGCCCGCUGUUACGAUGACUGACUUUACAAAUGCCCUGCAGCAUAUCUCGAAGAGCGUCUCGGCGGAUGAUGUGAAGCGUUACGUGACCUGGAAUCAGUCUUAUGGGGUUCAGAGUUAAAUAACACAACUUGAACUUGAAGGUUUUUUCGAAUGCUUUAUUUGUAGUUUGACAUCCUUUACAGUUUACUUGUACUUUCGAUUGCCUAUCCUUACACUUACUCAGAGACUUAUCACAUGAAUUAAUGUCGCGCUUAUACUCUAGGUCUUGGAAUGCUAAACACGUAAUUAUAAUCUACUUA